AUGCAUAAGCUGAUUUCUUCAGUUUAUGCAAUAUUAGAUAUACAAGAAGGCAAGUAUAGACAUGCUAAAGCAGUAUUAUACUUGGGUCCAACAUUUAUAAGAAUCCAUAGUGAUAAACAUGAUAGUAGUACUGCGUACUCUCAUAGUAAAGAUUUUGAUAACUUGAUAAAUGAGGAGCAAUUGCGUAACUUUACUACAACAACAAAUAAACAACCUAAACCUGUAGUGGUGCUUUUAACUAAUAAUAGCCCUGACAAAAAUUCUCG